AUUGCUCUACGUAUGUUCCAAAUUACCAGUUCAUAAAUCCUUUAUCAACAGGGUUGAAAAGGAGAUCGCCAGAUUCGUUUGGAAUGCCAAAGGCCGAGAAGAGCGAUAGCAAAGCGAAGCAAGGGAGAAAGAAAGAGAGUGGUCUCGAGAAAAGAGAAAGAAGAAGCAAGAAGAAGCAAAGUCCAACCGAGAGUCAACAUGAAGGUGAUGCCGCUACAAUUGUGAAUCCGAGGACGGACUUGCUAAGUCAUAUGAAAACUGCCGGAUAUGAUGGAAGCCACUUUGUCUGUUUCCUGGAAGCGAAAGUAAAAGACAGACUCAAACGAGGCAAAACGUCUCGAAGAAAUAGAUACUUAGAGUAUUGUCAUUGGGCUUAUGCAUUAUUGCGUAAAAAGAUUGGACCCGAAACAAACGCAGAGUUUGCUUACCCACCAUCUGUUUUACAGUUUAUUCGUCACUUGGUUCCCGGGGAUAUUAAAGGGGAAAUUAGAGAGAAUGCUUACAAAGUCUCUAUGGAAGAAUUUUGUUCGGCAAUGGAGUUGCCGCGUUCAGAAAGCGACGAUGCCACAAAUGAAAUUAGCGAAGUGACCGAGUGAAUAAAAUUGUUUCAGAUUUUAUAUCGCAUUAUAUAUCUUGAGUCAUAGAAUAUUUUGUGGAAAUCAGAAGAGUGUUUUUAUAUU